UUUCAGAGCGCCAUCUCCGUUACAAAUUGUUUUCGUGGACAGGUUUCUGAGGCGAAAACUAGACAAUCGACAGUUUUUCAUCGUUAAAGCGGACAAACUAUCAUCAAAAUGGCUUCGUCCAGUAAAAAUAAAGUUCCCAAAGUUGCGAAGGUCAAAAACAAGAUGCCUGCAGAGGUGCAGAUUACAGCUGAACAGAUCCUCAGAGAGGCUAAGGAACGAGAACUUGAGUUGGUUCCUCCUCCUCCAAAGCAAAAGAUCACUGACCCAGAUGAACUUCAAGAAUACAGACUGAGAAAAAGAAAGGAAUUUGAGGACAAUAUCCGCAAAAACCGUUCCAUGGUGGGAAAUUGGAUCAAGUAUGCCAAGUGGGAAGAGAGCCAGAAUGAAAUUGCUCGAGCAAGAUCCAUUUGGGAAAGAGCCUUAGAUGUGGAGCACAGGAACGUGACAAUCUGGUUGAAAUACGCAGAAAUGGAAAUGAAACACAAACAGAUCAACCAUUCUCGCAACAUCUGGGACAGAGCCAUCACCAUCCUCCCUCGCACCAAUCAGUUCUGGUACAAGUACACCUACAUGGAGGAGCUUGUAGGGAACGUGGGUGGAGCCAGACAGGUGUUUGAACGCUGGAUGCAAUGGGAACCUGAAGAACAGGCGUGGUUCUCCUACAUUAAGAUGGAGCUUAGAUACAAGGAGACGGAGCGUGCAAGAGCUAUCUAUGAGAGAUUUGUCUAUGUUCAUCCUGAAGUGAAAAACUGGAUCAAAUAUGCCGGAUUUGAGGAAUCUCAUAACUACUUCAGUUUAGCCAGAGGAGUCUAUGAGAGAGCUGUAGCAUUUUAUGAAGACCACAUGGAUGAGAAACUCUACAUAGCAUUUUCCAAGUUCGAAGAGAGACAGAAAGAGCAUGAAAGAGCCAAGGUGAUCUAUAAAUAUGCUCUCGACAACAUGGAUAAGGAGCAUGCUCAAGAACUGUUCAAGAACUACACCAUCCAUGAGAAGAGAUAUGGAGACAGAGCUGGCAUAGAAGAUGUCGUCAUCAGCAAGAGGAGGUUCCAGUAUGAAGAAGAGGUGAAAGCCAACCCUAACAACUACGAUGCAUGGUUUGACUACCUACGUCUAAUGGAGACGGAUGGGGAUAUAGAGACUGUGAGAGAUCUGUAUGAGAGAGCUAUAGCUAACAUUCCACCUGCUCAAGAAAAGAGAUUGUGGAGGAGAUAUAUGUAUCUAUGGAUCAACUAUGCUACCUAUGAAGAAUUAGAAGUCAGGGAUAUGGAAAAGACACGUGAGGUUUACAAGGCAUGCCUGGACCUGAUCCCCCAUAAGAAGUUUACAUUUGCCAAGAUGUGGGUGCUGAUGGCUCAGUUUGAGGUCAGACAGAAAGAGCUUCAGAAAGCAAGGAGAGUCAUGGGAACAGCGAUUGGAAAGUGUCCAAAAGAUAAGCUAUUCAAGUCUUACAUUGAGAUGGAGCUUCAGCUGAGAGAGUUUGAUCGUUGUAGAGUUCUCUACGAGAAGUUCUUAGAAUUCAACCCAGCAAACUGCACCACAUGGAUGAAGUAUGCUGAGCUGGAGACUAUUCUAGGAGAUAUCGACAGAUCAAGAGCUGUCUAUGAACUUGCCAUUAGUCAGCCUAGACUUGACAUGCCAGAGGUUUUGUGGAAAUCUUUCAUUGACUUUGAAGUGGAGCAGGAAGAAUGGGAUAACUCUCGAGCUCUGUAUAGGAGACUACUGGAGAGGACACAACAUGUUAAGGUCUGGAUAAGUUUUGCUAAAUGCGAGCUGUCGGUUGGAUCAGAAGACUGCGUCUUGCGAUCAAGACAGGUCUAUGAUGAAGCCAACAAGGCAUUGAAGCAUGUGGAGGAGAAAGAAGAGAGACUGAUGCUACUAGAGGCAUGGCAGGAGUUUGAGAAUGAAUUUGGAGAUGAUGAGAGUGUAGAACAGGUGCAAGAACAGAUGCCUAACAAGGUCAAGAAGAGGAGAAAGAUUCAAACAGAAGAUGGGUCUGAUGCAGGAUGGGAAGAGUACUACGACUACAUCUUUCCUUCAGAUGAGACCAACCAAUCCAAUCUUAAGCUGCUUGCUAUGGCUAAGAUGUGGAAACAGAAGAUGGCUGAAAUCAAUGACACCUCAUGAAGCCACCCUGCUGAUCAUGCUUCCACUGACUGACAAAUGCCACUUCCUUUCAGUUGCCUGUGUCUUGCGGUAUAUACAGCUGUUCAUUAUGGAAAUUCAUUCGUUGUGGAGAUAUUGACUGUCUGCAGGGAAGAUGGAUAUGAGAUCUUUCAAGUGUUUUACAUCAAGCCGACAGCACACUGCCUAUACUCCUGAAUGGAUCUGGUAGUGGAAACAUUGUAUUGGCUGUCAUCAAUAUGUCAACUCAUCUGCAGGAUCAAUGUGCCCAGAAGAAAUCUUCUUAAAGGCAUCAUUUAACAAUGUUAGAUCUGAGAUGCAUGGCCCUACGUGUUAUCAGUGUCUGUGAUAUGGUGGAAUAUUGAAGCCCUAGA